UUACUCAUCUGCUAACUAUGUGAUCUUAGGGAAUUCUAAGGCUCAACAGUCUCAGCUGUAAGCGGGGGCAAUACUACUUUAUACGAUUGUCUUCAGGACCAAGAGAACUAAUGUACACGAAGCCGGGUUCUUCCAACAUCAGGCCAGGCCUGUGCAGAGUGGCGAUGAAGGACAGAAGACAGAGGGCCAAACUCCAGGCUGUGCCUGAGCAUGCAGCCUUCCCACAGACAGGCUCCCCACAUUCUGGCCUCCACACAUGAACAGAAAGCUACGCUCUGCCCCUCACACGUGCACAGGUAUUAGCUGCUGCUCAGGAGCUAGGCUAAUUGGUUUUAAAGUCUCUUCCUUAUCUUGCCCCUAGCAGUCAGUGGCUGUGGGCCUCUGCAGACAGCAGCAGCAGUGAUUAGCAACAGGGUGUCCCCACCAUGGCUUACACUGAGCCCCUGGCUAGAAUCAGGGCCCACCUCCAGAUCCGCAGCCUCCUGGUCCGACAGUGCCUGGCAGAAUUUCUGGGUGUAUUUGUGCUCCUGCUCCUCACCCAGGGGGCUGUGGCCCAGGCUGUCACCAGUGGAGAAACCAAAGGGAACUUCUUCACCAUGUUUCUGGCUGGCUCUUUCUCCGUGACGAUAGCCAUCUACGUGGCCGGCAACGUCUCAGAAGCCCACCUGAACCCAGCUUUCUCGCUGGCCAUGUGUCUCCUGGGACGAUUCCCCUGGGCCAAGUUCCCCAUUUACUGCUUGGUGCAGCUGCUGGCUGCUUUCUCUGCCUCGGGAGCCACCUACAUUCUUUACUAUGACGCCUUACAGAACUACACCGGUGGGAACCUGACAGUGACUGGCCCCAAGGAGACAGCCUCCAUCUUUGCCACCUAUCCUGCCCCCUAUUUGUCCCUGAACAAUGGCUUUCUGGAUCAGGUCAUAGGCACUGGGAUGCUGAUUGUGGGGCUCUUGGCCAUCCUGGACAGACGCAACAAGGGCGUGCCCGCUGGUCUGGAGCCUGUGGUGGUGGGGCUGCUGAUCCUGGUCAUUGGCCUCUCCAUGGGUGUCAACUGUGGGUUUCCACUCAACCCUGCCAGGGACCUGGGACCACGGCUCUUCACCUACCUGGCUGGCUGGGGCCCUGAAGUCUUCAGUGCUGGGAACAGCUGGUGGUGGGUGCCAGUAGUGGCCCCUAUGGUGGGGGCCACUGUUGGCUCCGCCACAUACCAAGGGCUUGUGGGUCUGCACCACCCUGAGGACCCAGAGCUGGCUCAGGAUCUGGACUCCACUCAGCGCAAAGCCUCAGACUUGGCAAAACCUGUCUCACCUCCGAUGCUGGAGUGUAAGCUGUGACUGUGACAGCCACCUCA